AUGAAUCUAUCUGAGAUAGUGGAGCAAGACUAUGAACGCGGUAUAUCUGGCGAGGAACGCUCUUUUAUAAUCGGCGAUCUAUGGCCAGGCGGGAUCCUCAUUGACUCUUCGGACCCGUCCGCUUUAAUGCCCAAACUAGGUGUGAUUGACUGGGAAUUCUCGGGCCCUGGCCGCGGUGUCAAUGGGGAUAUGGAAGGCAUGAAUGACUCGUAUCAUGCGCGCAACCUCGCCAAUUAUGGCAAUUUAUGGACUCUGGCGUCCUCCACGCCAUCCGACCCACCACCUCCAACCUCUCCUGUCGCGCGCAGAUUUAGAUCUGCCAUCAUAAUUCAUGGACGCGAGAUCAUCAACAAUGCAAUUGGAAACGAUUGGAGUGGAUUCUGUGCGGAUCCAGGAGAUGAGAACGAAAAGAAUGGGCUGGUACGGUCCUUGGUUCGAACUGGAGUCCAGCUUCUACGUUUCGCGGGGCAUACCACGGCAGAAUUUGUCGACAGGCAAAAUUGGAAACAGCUUCUACACAGUACGGAGGCGAAAGUCAUAGUCGGAUUGUUUUUGGAUGGAUGUUAG